UGCUUCUUCGUCUCGUAAAGUGACAGAUGCGCAGCGCACUGCAUUGUGGGGAAACAAAUAAGAGCGCCGAGAGGCUACCUGACAGCACAAAGGAAACGCAACAGCAAAAGUGACUUUUAAUAUGAUAAAGUGAUAAGAUGUAAGUGCGUGGCCAGCCUUGUCAGAGCUCCGAGUGUGCCUGGCUAACGCGGGGGAUGUAUGCUCGCCAGGAUACGACGCUGUCUCGCCGAAUAGCUUUGGCUCAGCGCAACUGUUUGCAGGCCCAGCAACUGGUAGCGACCUCGGUCUAAGAAGUGACCUGUGGUGGUUGUUGAUCUAAAAUGAUAUGUCAAGAAGCAUCUACUACAGGGCACAAUUUAGCCACAUGGUCAGAGCCUGACUCUAUCAUGGGAGUCAAAACCUUCACCCAUAACUCGACCUCCCACAGCCAGGAGAUGCUUGAGAAGCUCAACGCUUUGCGCAACCAAGGUCACUUGUGUGAUGUUACCAUCAGGGUGCAAGACAAACAUUUCCUGGCUCAUAAAGUGGUCUUGGCUUGCUGCAGUGAAUUUUUCCGUUCAAAACUGGUUGGUCGGCCAGAGGAGGAGGACAAGUUUGUGUUGGACCUUCACCAUGUGACAGUGAGUGGCUUCGCUCCUCUGCUGGAAUAUGCCUACACGUCUACACUCUCCAUUAGCACCGAGAAUAUUAUUGAUGUCCUUGCAGCUGCAAGUUAUAUGCAAAUGUUCGCUGUGGCAAGUACGUGUUCAGAGUUCAUGAAGUCCAGUAUUCUGUGGAGCCCAAGUAACAAUAGUAAUGACACAAUGGCAGCAGACAAACCCCGUGAAUCAGCACCAGAGAGUGCCUCAUCAAACUGUGUCCUUACGCCGCUUGACGGCAGCCUGUCACCUGUGUCGUCUGACUGUAGCAUAAUGGAGAGAAAUGUUCCUGUUUGCCGCGAAUCACGCCGGAAACGGAAAAGCUUUGUAACCAUGGCGUCGCCUGAGAGUCCGCUCAAAUGUGCCACACAGAUGAUCACGACCUCCCCCCAGGUCCCCAAUCCAUCCCCCUCCUUCUCAGACAACACAGCCCAGCCUGUGGAGUCCUCCCUGGCCUUCCCAUGGACGUUCCCAUUUGGCAUUGACAGGAGAUUCCACUCAGAUAAAUCAAAGCUCCAAGAAAGCCCACGUUGCCAAGAACAGACAGCCGCAGUUACUUCUGAAGUGGUGGUUGGUCGUCGACUCAGUGACUUUCUAACGUGUGAAAGUUCCAAGGCGGUGUCGCCACCUGUGCCAGCAGAGGAAGAUGACGUGAGGGUAAAAGUGGAGCGCCUGAGUGACGAGGAGGUCCAAGAUGCGUCCUCACACCCUGUCAACGCCCCACAAAGCUCGCUGAAUGAUCAACAGACGGUGCCAGGAAGUGACCAGGUUCAGGAAGACCUCCUCAUCAGUCCACAGUCAUCCUCCAUAGGAUCCCUGGAUGAAGGAGUGUCGGAGGGCUUGCCAUCUCUGCAGGGUACAUCUAAUGCUGGAGGACAUGCAGAGGAUGAUGAAAGGCUAGAAGGCAUUCAGUAUCCGUAUCACCUUUAUAUCAGCCCAUCAGCCCGGCCUGGAACCAAUGGCCCUGAUAGGCCCUUCCAGUGUCCAACCUGUGGAGUUCGAUUCACACGCAUUCAAAACCUGAAGCAGCACAUGCUCAUACACUCCGGCAUUAAGCCUUUCCAGUGUGACCGCUGUGGAAAAAAGUUCACACGAGCCUACUCCCUAAAGAUGCAUCGGCUGAAGCACGAAGGUAAACGCUGUUUCCGGUGCCAGAUUUGUAGUGCCACAUUCACGUCCUUCGGUGAAUAUAAGCACCACAUGAGAGUCUCCCGACACAUAAUCCGCAAGCCGCGGAUUUAUGAGUGCAAAACGUGCGGCGCCAUGUUCACCAACUCUGGCAAUUUAAUUGUACACCUGAGGAGUCUGAACCAUGAGGCAUCCGAACUAGCAAACUACUUCCAGAGCAGUGAUUUCCUCGUGCCCGACUACCUGAGCCAGGUGCAGGAGGAGGAGGAGGCUCUGGGAGUCCAGUAUGAUCUGGAAGAAUCCCAACAUCACCCUGUCUAUGCAGGUGGAACCUCUACUGUCAUUGCCACCUCGUCCUCCUCCUCAGUCCAGCUACCUGUCAUAUCCCAGGUCUCCUCUUCUACCCAGAAUUGUGAGAGCUCAACUGGCCUCCUUUCACCUGAUUCCCUCGAUCCCCUUGAAAACCACUCCUUCAAGAUGGAUACCGGCCAUACUGUAGCCCUGGCAGAGGAGACAAAGACGAACAACGGCGAAGAAGGGAGUUCACCAGGGGUGUUUGAACAAGAGCACCAUCGGCGGCAUAACGCCGAGCCCGUUGAGUUGGCUUCUAUCACCAUCGAAUGAUUCAGUUUAUUUGAUGACACCAAAAAGAAAUGUAUUUUUACAUCACUGACUGCAUCAAGACAAGUUGUCCCCAAACUCGAGUUGGCCUGGUGAGGUUUUCCACUUUUAACAAGGUAAAGCAUUACUUUUUAUUGUUUUCCUGAACAAGUUGAAACAUAAUUUAAAAAAUUUUCCCAUUUGAUGUGAGUACUUUUCUGCUGGAGGUAUGUGAAAUUCAAGCCUUGUCCUUUUGGGAAGUGCCUGAGAGUAACUGGUAACUUGUGAUUGAAAAGCACCUGAGUUAGCCACCAAUAACAAAUCAAGUCCCUGCAAACUGGGUUUCAAAACACAAAAUGUCCUUUACGGUGAUAAUGCCAAUUUAUUGGUUACAGUGUUAUUCUUUCAGGGCUGUCACUGUAGGCAUACAUAUCAAUGUCAUUGCUGUCUAUGUUGCAAGUUUCUAAUGUAGUUUGCUGUCUGAAUGCAGUAUACGUUGGCUAAUGUAGAACAAUGUGUGUAUAUGUAUUUAUCCAAUAGAACACUUACAGUACAUUUUGUCUAUAUUCACCGUUUUUAAGCAAAAUACUACUGUCAAAUAUCCAAAUUAUUAUUAUCACUGACAAGUAUUUAACUCUCAAUCAUACAGUUGUGGUCAGAAGUUGUGGAUUGCUUCAGUUGUUAUAUAAAAAAUUGUUUAGAAAAACAGAAACUUUUUGGCAUGAACAAGAAAACAGAUGCUGAACCAGCAACCCCUCUCUUAGGUCAACGAUCAGUGACUUCUGACCUAAUCCCGAAUAAAUACCUCUCUAGGAUUUAAAGUGAAGUGAAUUAUAUUUAUAUAGCGCUUUUCUCUAGUGACUCAAAGCAAUUUACACAGUGAAACCCAUUAUCUAAGUUACAUUUAAACCAGUGUGGGUGGGCACUGGGAGCCGGUGGGUAAAGUGUCUUACCCAAGGACACAACGGCAGUGACUAGGAUGGCGGAAGUGGGGAUCGAACCUGCAACCCUCAAGUUGCUGGCACAGCCGCUGUACCAACCGAGCCACGCCGCCCCAAAGACACAUUUAGGGUAAAGGAACAAAAUGCAAAACAUAAAACUUGGCUUUUGGCAGGCAAUUCUGUAAUAAAUGAAAUUCUCAAAUACAAAAUGAAAUAGUGGUUUAUAUUCAGGCCGCAUGGUGGCCUGGUGGUGAUUAUUUAGGCUGAAGACUCAAGUUUGUCAAUAGGUAUGAAUCUGAGUGAGAAUGGUUGUUUGUCUAUAUGUGCCCUGUGAUUGGUUGGUGACCAGUCUGGAGUGUAGCCCGGCUCUCGCCCAAAGUCAGCAGGGAUAGGCACCACCUUACUCGUAACCCAAAUAAGCAAAUAAGCGGUGUAGAAAAUGUACAGAAGUUUAGCCACAUUAAGUAAAUGUUAGGUAACAUAGUAGAAAUGCAUUAAAUUCUAUUUGCAUUCAGACAAAUAGAAGAAUGCGGGCUCCACUUUGAUUCAGUGCAUUAAAUAUUCCAAAAAUUAGUGCGGUCACAUCUCUACUUCUGGAUGAAUGGACAAUUUGCAAAGACAAACUCAAACAUUUUCUUAACCAGACGAGUGGAAGCCAUUGGAGCUGCAUUUUUAUUUAUUUUUUAAAAGGAAAUCUUUGCAGAAGAGCAUGUUCCCCCUAAUUGUCCUAGGCUGGCUAUAUCUGUGGAUUUAUAUGUCAGGUGCUCCAAUUUCCUCCUACGUCCCAAAAACAUGCAUGUUAGGUUAAUUAUAGACUCCAAAUUGUCCAUUGGCGCGAAUGAUAGUGCUCGGUAUCAAUUGGAUGGAAAUGAAAAAUCUAAACUUGAAAUAAUGGAUUUUGCUGUUUUUGUUUUGUGAAAUCAACACUAACUUGAAAAAUUUUAGUUUUUUUUUUCUUGUAGAGAUAUAUAAUGGAGUCUGUGUUAACAUCUGACCACAACUGUACAGAACGUAGAAGGUGCCGCUGCCAUCUAAGUUGGAUAUGCAAAGUCUUCACACAAUCUCAGUGCUCUGAAACAAGCUGUAGCAUUUCAUGCAGGUUUGAAUUAUGUCUGCUCUUUUCAUUUUUCUGUGAACAGAUAAGUGUGUUAUACAGUUGUAUCCACUUAAGGUCCCGUUAAUGUCAAAAACCCGCCAACCAUCUCAUCUUCUUAUGUGCUAUACAUGCAGUACGUGGCUGACCUCUCGAGUCGACAUGGACUUUCCGACCCAAAGGGGUUAUUAGUAUUAAAAAACAGAUCAGUUUAUAUUGGGGUAUUGUUAACUUCAUCAUUAUCGCUUGCAUGUUUUUGCAAAAAGAGAUUUGUUAUGUACAACAAUAGGAAGAAAGAUGGGGGCAACAGUAAAGGAACUGCAGUGAGCUUCUCAACUUUGGGAUUGGUUGUUACUUAUUUUGCAGGAGAUGUCUCAGCUGUUCUUGUAUCCUCCUUUCUGCAACUAACAAAAUUGACCUUUUACAUUUUGCACAAAUGUAGGAAAUUUACCAACAAACUGCCGUAGAUUAAAAAAUCCUUUAUCGCCCAUACUCCUUGUAGUUCUGGCAAAAGUCACAUGUAAAUAUGCAAGCAAUGGCUGUUUUACUUAAAUCGACAACCGCUUAUGUCGACACGAGUCAGCCAAUCCGAGGGAUGUUGACUGCUCGACUUUAACAGGAUUCACUGUUUGAAGGCGUUAUAAGCUGCAUCACCAGUUUGAGGAAAGCCUAUUUGAAGACAUGCAAGAUGUUAAAGCGUAACAUGAUUGAUCAGACUGUAGAUGUUUGGUAUUAUGGGUCCUAUUCUUACAUGUGCUUAAGUGAAAAAAGCUGCGCAGUUGCAUGGAUUCUCCCCCUGAUGCGAUGCCAUCAUCAAACUAUCUGUUUCAUGGAAAAUACACAUAAUGUAGUGUCUAUAAUUUAUUCGAUUGAUUUUUUUGACAGUUAAUAUCAAACUGUCAGCUGUCAGGCCCCCUCACAAGCACACCCACUCAAACCGCUGUCUAAACAAAACUUUUAACAUCAGGGUAGUUUAAUAACGAGUAGCACAGUUUAAUCUAAAAAGUUACAUCUUGCCGAAAAAAGUAUUUAUGUUUUGCGUGUGCAUACGCAUAGGUCUGGACUAUUAUGGCAACAAUUAUUUUUGAUUGAUAUUGAAAUCACAAUUAAUAACACAAUCAUUCUUUCAUUUGAAAACAUCAGUAUUUAUUGCACAACCAAAACUCAACUUUAAAUAAAAUGUUAAUGAGCAACAGAUAUAAAUUAGUAAUGAAUAAACAAGAAAAGUAAAAAUCACAAUGAUAGUAACAGUAAUAAAUUAAAAUUACAGUAGGUAUAUAAAAACAAUAACAUUCAGAGAGGGACAAGCGGAAAAAAUGAAUGAAUGGAUGGAUUGACCUGGAUUUUAGGUCAAAGCAUAAUACUGGUAAUUGUGUAAAUGUGCCAUAAGUGCUUUAAGUACAUUAUGCCUGUGUAUGGUACUUUUCUGAAACCUUAAUUUUGUUAGCACAAUCAGACCGGAUGUGGUGCACUGCGCUAUUAUUGUGUUGGGUGGUCUGCGCGGUUGUUCUCAGCUUUAAUAAAACAUUUUAAAAAAGAGCGCACCUCUCAAGUUGCGACUGCUCUCCUGUUUAUACAUUGGUCUUACAUCGAUGAUGUCGUUCACAACAACACGAGUAUAUGAGAUGUGGGUGUAUGGAUUUAUUUUUUUGCUAGCUUUAGCUUUGUUGUGUAGUCGCUGUUUCAAGUGAUUAUAUCAACAUUGUUUAGUUUAGGACAUGUUUCGGGGAUGAAUGAGCGGUACGGACACAUUAUUUUCCCAAACAAAUGUUCCUUCUCCUCACAAUGACAGCAUUUCACUCACGUUUAUGUCAAUUUCCGUGAUACUCUGUUUAUUAGCCUUUUAUUAGCGUAUUAUUGCUUUAUUGGCCAAUUCUGUGACUCUGUCCGCGGUUACGCCAACACGGAAAUCAUAUAGCCUUACUUUUUUGUUGAGUUUAGUGAUUAUUGAUUAGACAUACUAGCACAGUGUCAAAUAAAAAGUAGCAAUCAUUGUGAGUUCAUAAACUUCCAGUAGACGUGGUCUUCUUUGUAAUCAUACGCUCACUCAUCCAUUUCUCUGUCACAAGCGCCGGAAUUUGCAUGCAUGUUGUGCGGCCCAUUAAUUUUUUUUUCUUCUUCCAAUAUUAGAUUUUUAUGAUCGUGAGAAGCAAUAAUUGAAAUAGAAAUCAAAACUUGAUUAAUUGGCCUGCCCUAAAUACAGGCAUGGCAUCACUAUGACGACACAUGUUUAGCACGGUCUGGAGUGACGCGGCCUUCUCAAAUGUGAAGUGUUUUAUUUUUCAUGGAUUUCAAUGACAUACACACGCCAUGUUUCAUGAUUUUCACAUAGCCAAAAAAUGCACUAUGGCAAAGUCCGCCUCAUUGGUAAUGAGCCCGCCUUCAUCCACGACAUAAGCACUUGGGUCUCACUUACGCAGAGUGGGCGUGUCCGUAGCCUGGAUAGGAGAAUUCAAAUAAGAGAAACCUGUGUAACUUCAAGCGCGUAAAAAAAAACACUUAAGCGAACGGGAGAAUAGGGCCCUAUGUGUUAUUUAAUAGACUUAAUUAUACAUUAUACAAAUCCUCACUUGGUAUAACAGUAAAACUGUGUUUUAAGUGAUUUUGGGUCAAACAUGUGCAACUAAAAAUCUAAUCAAUGACUUGAAUGCUGAUUGGCUAACUAAUCAGUUGAAGUAGGAAGAAGUAAAAAGCCUUGUUAUAAGGGUUGAUUGUACAGAUGAAUAUUAUGUGUUAAUGUCCUGAUUUAAUCAAAUUCACUGAGCGCUGUCUUAAGAGUUUGUCACACAGUGCCAUCGUGUCAGCAAAGUCUUGUGUGCCAUUUGUCCCACUGAAAAUCAAGCCUUUCUUUUCCCCACAGGACCAAAUGUUUUAUAUAUCAUUGUGAGAUUUGCCAUGGCAAUCAAUACUUGCACAUUUAAAAAAGAAAAAAAAAAGAAAAAAAGAUGGCGAUAAUCAGUAUAAGUGGUCCAUGGAAAGUAGCAAAGGGGUUUUGCUAUUUUGCCCCUAAAACACUGUAUGAUGUUGUGCAUCCAAGAGGUUAGCCUUAGUAAACGGACCUAUUAACUCUAGUUGCACACUCAAAACUAUUUUUAAUUUCUCCAUUUGUUAUGCUUUACAAUUGUUGUGUAGGUGUCUGUUUUCUAACAAUCUUUUACAUAUAUAUAUAUAU